AACUGGGCAUUAUUGUUCGCGCAACGUGUCGCUCUGAAAUUCUCGGUACCACUGUACGUCUGCUUCAACCUCUCUUCCUCUUCGGCUCUUUCAACGCGUCGACACUUCGACUUCCAGUUAGCCGGCCUAAAGGAGAUUGCAACACAAUGCAAGGACCUGAAAAUCGGCUUCACCGUACUGCCUGUAAUGGACGAGUCCUCCAGAGGCACUAAGCGCACGGCUGAGGGUAAAUCUGUCAGAACGAAGACAGAAUCCACGUUUCGUGGUCUCCUUGACCUUAUCAGAAGCCUGCGAGUGGCGGCUCUCAUAACUGAUUUCUCACCCCUGCGUGAGGACGCUGCGGCCGUACAGACGGUGUCACAGAUGUUGCCCUCCAGCACGUCCUUUUUCCAGGUGGAUGCACACAACAUUGUGCCCGCCUGGCAUGCCUCGGACAAAUUGGAGUACGCGGCCAGGACAAUCCGACGAAAACUACACGAGAAAUCGCAAACUCUACUGACCGAAUUUCCGCCCGUCCGAGCUCAUCCCUUUCCGGCUGACGCAAAGGUACUAAAACUUCAUGCACCGUUUUUUUCCCCAAACCAUUCCAAGCAGUUGCCACUUGCCUUGCGCACUGUUGACUGCGUGUGCGCCUGCGAGGCAUAA